AGUCGAACUCUUUCCUUGUUCGCCGAGCUUCAAUCUUUUGCGUAUACUGCAAUACUGCAGACUGCAGGUAACCUGCAAGCAUCAUGCCGCAAAUAUGGGAUCCAACUAGAGCAGCGUGGCUUUAUCCGCUUCGGGGCAUUUACUACUUUGCAAGCCAUCGAUUCCUCUGGCCCUUAUUCAAGGCCCGGUUGGUGCCAAUCGUCCUCCUGUCGUCCUUCGUCUAUUUCCUCCUCUUUUUCUUCACCUACCUACCGCAGGUAGCAUUCCUUGCUAUCUUCCAAGGUGUCGGAGCAUGGGUGAAUGGUGCAUUCCUCGUCCUUGGUGAGGGUGCGGCAAUUGUGGCUGCCUUGUUCGAGGCCUUCUUUGUGGAUGAAACACUGGUCGAUAUCUUCGACUCAGUCCUGGUGAAUGAAGGACAGGAGGAGCUUGUGCUCGCCUCACGGGUCAUCUAUCCGGAGGCCGGUGACCCAGCCAGUCGUCUCGGGACCCCGACGACCAGCGCCGUGUAUUCGCCAUUAUCUUUCCGCCAGAUCAUCGAGUUCGUUUUGCUGCUUCCACUCAAUUUCAUCCCGGUUGCCGGUACGCCCAUGUUCCUGGUCUUGACAGGUUACCGGGCAGGGCCGUUCCACCACUGGCGGUACUUCCAACUGUUGGAUUUCACCAAGCAGGAGCGCAAAGCGAGUAUCCGUCGUCGACAGCUGCAGUACACUACCUUUGGAACGGUUGCCCUGAUCUUGCAGCUCAUCCCUCCAUUCUCCAUGCUCUUCUUGAUGACAACCGCUACUGGUGCCGCAUUGUGGGCCUCAGAUCUUGAGCGCAAGCGACAGUUGGCUAGUCAGCGACCCAACAGGCUGGGAGACGGCUAUCGUGACGAUUUCACAGUAUAAGACAGACAUAGCGUUCUUGUUUCAGCUUGGACCUUUUUCUUUUCUCUUCUCAAAAAGGCUUAGGCUAAUCGCACGCCAACCUGUGCUUUCGCAUGGCAGAC